CGAGCAGCAUAGCCGUUUCUCGGCCUAUCUGGGUUUUAAUAGGGCUUUUGCGAAAGCCCCAAUCCCUAAUCUCUCUCUUUCUCUCUUUCUGAAUCUUUCGUAAAUUCCUCCGCCUGUCGCCUGUCGCCUGUCGCCGUCGCCGGAGUUAUGAGUAUUGUUAAAUCCCUUUCUCUCUCCAAGUUCCGCCCGGCCUUGAAUCUCGUCGCCGCGCAAUCUGCGGUCAUCUCGCGCGCAAUCUCCACAGCUCCACCGCCGCUGCUCCAUCACCCUUCCGCUCGUGGAUCGCCGGCUCCUCCCUGCUCCCCGUUCCUCACCAGCGUCCGCUAUAUACGAACCUCACGCGACCCGAGCUCGAGAUAUGAUAUUCCACCACCUGUGAAUUGGGGGAUCCGUAUUGUGCCUGAGAAGAAAGCAUUUGUGGUUGAGCGAUUUGGGAAGUAUGUGAAGACAUUGACUCCUGGAAUCCACGUAUUGAUUCCGUUUGUUGAUAAGAUCGCAUAUGUGCACUCCUUGAAGGAAGAGGCCAUCCCUAUUCCUGACCAAUCUGCUAUUACCAAGGACAAUGUCAGCAUUCUAAUUGAUGGAGUCCUCUAUGUCAAGAUAGUGGAUCCUAAGCUGGCAUCAUAUGGAGUUGAGAAUCCAUUAUAUGCUGUGAUUCAGCUUGCACAGACCACAAUGCGCAGUGAGCUAGGUAAGAUCACCCUUGACAAGACUUUUGAAGAAAGGGAUACUCUGAAUGAGAAGAUAGUGAUUUCCAUCAAUGAUGCGGCAAAAGAUUGGGGCUUGCAGUGUCUUCGUUAUGAAAUAAGGGAUAUAUCUCCUCCUAGAGGUGUGAGGGCUGCAAUGGAGAUGCAGGCAGAAGCAGAACGCAAAAAGAGAGCUCAAGUUCUUGAGUCCGAAGGUGAAAGACAGGCAAAUAUUAAUAUUGCAGAUGGGAGGAAAAGUGCUGUGAUCCUUGAAUCAGAAGCUGCAAAGAUGGAUCAAGUGAACAGAGCUCAAGGUGAGGCAGAAGCUAUCCUUGCUAGAGCGCAAGCAACUGCGAAAGGAAUUGCCAUGGUGUCAAAAGCCCUGCAAGAAACUGGAGGUGUUGAGGCGGCAAGUUUAAGAGUGGCUGAGCAAUACAUUCAUGCCUUUAGUAUGAUUGCAAAGGAGGGAACUACAAUGUUGCUUCCUUCCUCUGCUUCCAACCCCGCCAAUAUGAUGGCUCAAGCGCUUACUAUAUACAAGAGCGUCAUCGGCAAAGGUCCAGGUAGUGAAGCUGAUCAGAGCUCCCAAACUGGAUCUACGUCAGGUCCCACAAAAACUAACGCUCUCUCCUGGGAAGCCGGCGACGAGAGUCAUGAAACUGGUGAAUCUGCUGAUCAAAAUGGCUCAGAUGCAGGCAAACCUGUUUUCUCUCUGCAAAGCCAGAAGGAUGAACACUAGAAAGAGAAGGAUUACAAGGUGACUUAUUAUACCAAAAUACUUUUAACAUUGAUGGCGUAUUUUGCAAGUUGAUAGUUGCUACCUUAGAGAGAGAGAAGCAACGGCAAUUGCAGAGACGGGAAGUGAAAAAUGGUGCUGCCCUUGAAACUAUUCUCUUCUUUCUAUUUAGCGCUGUAGAAACCCUCUGGCAAUUCUCCCUCGGCUCCAUAGUUUUUUGUAUGUUGUGCAAUUCUGAGUUCUGGGAAUUGAAAUUAUAAAACAAUCGAAUACCUUACCUUCUUUAUUCAUGGAAUUAAAACCUUACCUCAAUAAAGAUACGGGAAGACUUCAUUCGUA